AUGUGGGGAAAAAUAGUUAGCAGUGUUUCAAAUGCACUUGACUUCAACCAGGCUACCCUAAGUGGAUGUAUAGAUAUUAUUUGUAUUGAAUCAGAAAUUACAAAUAAUUUAAAAAAUGAUAAAAUAGAGGUUAUCUAUAAAUCGACUCCAUUUCAUGUACGAUUUGGAAAAACAAAAUUAUUAAGAUCAAAAGAAAAAAUUGUUAGUAUUUUAGUUAAUGGAAAGAGUACUAAUUUACAUAUGAAAUUAGGUAGCGCUGGUGAAGCUUAUUUUGUUGAAAAAACUUAUGAAGAUGUAGAAGAAGAACUAGAAACAUCUCCAUUAUCUUCUCCUCGCAAUGUACAUAAUGACCAAACUUAUGAUCAGAAUAUUGAUAGUUGUAGUAUUAAUGAUUCUAUAGAUAGCAAUAAAACAGAUGAUGAUUGCGAUGAAAUAUUUCUCAAUACAACAGAAAUGAAAAAAUUAAGUGAAAAAAAUUAUAAAAUAGAAAGAAAUAAAACUAAAAGAAAUAAUAAAGAAAAAAAAAAUAAAAGUGAAAAUAACAAAAUAGAAGAAGAACAUAAAAAAAAAGUAGAAAUAGAAGACGAAGAACUAGAUGAUGAAAAAAAAAAAAUAGAAGAAGAUCAAAACAUAAAUUCGGAAUGGUCUUGGUCAUGGGGAAGAUUACCUCAUUUGAAAACACAUGAUUAUAUUUCCGAUAAUUGCACUGUUAUUUCUUCAAAUAAUAAAAAUAAGAAAAAAGAAAAAAUAAAAAAAUUAUAUAAAAAAAGUGAAUCUGUUAAUGAACAUGCUUUUUGCAAAGAAAAAAAAAAUCACAUAAAUGAAAGAAAUUUGAAUGAAAUUAAUUUAAAGAAAAAUAUAAAAAGAGAUAAAGAAAUAAGAAAUAGUAAUUUAAAUAAUAAAAGUAAAGAUAUGAAAAAAUCUAAAGGUGAUAUAUUAGAACAUUAUAAAAAAGAGAAUAAGAACAAAAGUAACAAAGAAAUUUAUAAUAAAAAUAAUGAACAUAUAAAAAAGGAGUGUAAAACAACUGAUUCUGUAAGAAGAAAUGAAAAAUAUUUAAAUAAAGCUGAAAAAGGAAAAAUAAAUGAAUGCGGUAAUAAACAAAAAAAAGAAAGUAGUAUUAUUUACCAAAAAAAACAUAUAGAUAAUAGUACAGAAAAAAAUUAUGAUAUGGAUAAAGAAAGUUUAAAAUUAGAUUUAAAAAAAAUAAAAGACAAAGAAAAAGUGUGUAACAAAUCAAAUAUAUCAGUAGAGGAUUAUUAUAACGAAGAAGAGGAAUAUAUUGAAGAAAAUAAUAAUAAUAGUUACUCAAAAGAACAGGAAUAUAGCCUUGAUGAUGACAUACAAAAUAGAAUAGAAUGCAGUCUGUGUGGUCAUUUAUUAAUUAAUCAAAAUGCAGAUAAUGAACAGAAUGAUUAUAAUAUAGAAAUACAUAAUAAAAAUAUAUUUGAAGCAAAUAUAGUUACAUAUGAGCAAAUAGAUAAAAAUUCUAAUUUAUGGUAUCACCCAUCUCUUGUUUUUCGAUUUGAUAAAAAGGAUCCUUAUUAUCCAUCUAGAGUUGCAUUACCUUUAUUGGCAUCAUGGGUUGUGUUUAAUCAACCCUUAUCCAUUUUAGCAGUAGAGAAGUUAUUGAAUUCUUCCUUAAGCUUAAUGGAAAUAAAAGAUAAAAGUUGGAGAAAUUGGUUUGGUGUAUCUAAUGCAGAAUAUGAUAAUGGCUUAAGUGCAAAAAUUUUAAAUAAAGAUGUAAAAGAGGAUGGAAUUAUAAAUGAAAAUAAAGAAAAAGAAGAAAAAAAAAGCAAAAACUAUCACAAUGAAUUAUUAGAUAAGAGGAACAAAAAAAUGAAAAAAAAUGUUCAUCAUUCAUCAUACAAAGAAAACGAAAUGAAUAAAAAGGAUAUAAAAAAUAGUGAAGAGAAAUUAAAAGUAAGAUAUCGAAAGUCAUUAAGGCCAACUUCUGAACAAUUACAGUCAUUAAAUUUAAAAGAAGGAGCUAAUACUAUUACCUUUCUAGUUACCUCAUCUUUACAAGGUACAAAAAGCAUAAAUGGCACUAUAUAUUUAUGGAAAAAAAAUGCAAAAAUUGUUAUAUCAGAUGUAGAUGGAACAAUAACUAGGUCAACAGUAUUAGGCCAUUUAAUGCCUAUAGUAGGCAAAGACUGGUCUCAUGUAGGUGUUUCACAAUUAUUUAACAAAAUAAAUAAUAAUGGAUAUCAUAUUCUUUACUUAACUGCAAGAGCUAUUGGUCAAGCGGAUUCGACUAGAGAGUAUUUAUUUCGUUUAAAAAAAAAUGAUAAUAAUAAAUUGCCAGAUGGCCCAUUAAUACUAAGCCCAGAUAGACUCUUUCCAUCAUUUAAAAGAGAAGUUAUAGAUAAAAAACCAUAUAUUUUUAAAAUUGCUGCACUAAGGGAUAUACGAAAUUUAUUUCCUCUAAAUCAUAAUCCUUUUUAUGCAGCUUUUGGAAAUACAGAAAGUGAUCAUAGAGCAUAUAUUUCUGUUGGUGUUCCAGAAGCUAAAGUUUUUAUAAUAGAUAAUAGAGGAAUUGUUCAUCAUGUCAAUUCUACAUAUGCUAAAACUUAUGAAACUAUGAGUGAAAUAACGGAGCACAUGUUUCCAUGUAUUAAAAAUGAUAAAAAGAGAGAGGAUGAUGAUCAAUACAACUCCUUUCAAUAUUGGAAGAUAAAUAGCUUAACAUUUUAUGAAAAGUAUAUGAAUAUUAGUGAUAGUAACUGA